CCCUAAAUCCUUAUCGGGAAACAUUUCAAGGCCCAGUACUAACGGGUCCACGCACCGGGGUUGUGGAUUGCUUGUUAAAACCCCCCAAUUUUAUAUACUAUCUAUAGUUAAAUUAAAUCAUAUUUGAAAUAAGUUAAGAACUACUCUCUGUGUGGUUCUUGUAUGAACAGAACCACCGCAACCGCUUCUUGAGCAAGGCACACACAGAGGGUACCAUGCUGUGAAAAAUAGCACACACACACACCCACGCACACGCACUCAUUUAAUGCGGAGGUGCCAUCGCUAUCCGGUUCAUAGUUAAAUAGUUUUGAUAGAUGUUGCUAAUUUGGUGGUUGUGGAAAGUCACAAACACAAUUUGAAUGGUUUAUGUCAUGGUUAUAACGCAUCGACAUGUGCGCAGAUGUUUGUAGAUGUAUGAACGUUAAAGGAGAGAGGCUAACUGAGUUGACCCGGCGGGUAGUGAUGUAUAUACGCUGUGAACGUCCCAAAAGCGCUGGGUAAAGUACAAACGGCUUUUCAACAAUUAUCCUCUUGAUGAUUUAAAGGGAGAAUUGAAAAAAAAAUAUCGAUUUUGGAUGUGUGGUUAUUUCCGUUCACCCCUGUGAUGGUAUCGUCCAAAGUAUAUAAAUACUCGGUCGGCUCCCGUGCCCUCCUGUGCAGCUCUCGGUUGCUAAGGAAACACGGAAUGCAGGUAAUACAUUAGGACAGCAGUAGCAUGCCUGCUAUCAAGCUAGCACUGGACACUGUUAGUACACCAGAGAUACGUAGGAGAAGAAAAAAAUAACUGCGAUUAUCCGCCACUUUGUCGUUCUGUCGGGACUUGCCACUGUGUAUUGUGUAUUUAUGUUGAUGGAUACGACCGGUGACAGAGUAGUUCACAGGCCGGGUGCGAGUUAGCAGGACGUUAGCUCCUCGGAGCAGGGUAGCUCUGAGCCUGGUAACGCCUGGUUAUUCACAUGAGCUGCAUCAUGUUUCCUAGUGUCACCGUGUGGUUCUUGUGUAUGGAUGAAUGUAUAUUUAGUUCAUAUUCUAGAUGUAUUAUCUGUAUCCAGCACCAGUGUUUUCAUGGUACGAUGGAGGAUAAUGCAACAAGCCAAACCUUAUUAACAAUCCAGUCUUAAUGUGAUAACUUUAGCCCCAUGUGUUGCCCAAAGUAUGUUGACUUGCAUUCUGUUUGUCAUUUUGCGUCUGUAGUCAUUUCUUGGAAAUCUCACUUUUGGCUUAUUAUCUGUAUUAUUAUUAUUAUUCCCAAGUCAUGUCAUCUCAUGUUAAUAAGUUGUUGGUGAACCUCCAUUUCGUUGAUCACUUUCUUCUGGAGGUUAAGGGAUGGACCAAAGGUAUCUUUGUAUUUUCUUAACCUUGAUCAAUAGUUUUGUAUCUUAUUUAUAGGCCAUUGGUACUUAGCAAUGAUGCCUUCCCACAUGUUUACCUAAACGAAAUAAAGAUGUGACCAUUUCAUACAUUCGGUUUUGGAUCACUUGGCAGUCACAGGUCUCGCUAUUUGAAUUGGCAUUUAGCACUAGCAUGUUAUAAGUAGCAUACACAGGUAGUAUGUAUGCUCCAUGUUUGACACAUGGAACAAUGCCAUUUGGUAACAUCUCUGUCAUAAGCUGUUAUCCGUUUGACGGCGAAAGACUGCCAUGUUUACUCAUUUAAACGGCAUGAAGUUUUUAGCAUUAUGCUUUUAGACAUGUGCCGGAUAGGCCAGAGCAAAGGUUGAGUCAGAGUGUUGUAAGUGUGCCAGGGCCAUUUGGGACCUCUAGGCCAAAGUUUCCCUGGCCACUAUCUUGGUGGCAAAGCAAACCGAUGGGAUUGGUGCACACAAGCUUGUGGUGUGACCACAAGCUUUUGAGUCUGGCUGCAAAGGAUGUCCUGUGGCUCUCUGUGAGCUCCGUAGGCUUGGUGGUUUACCGUGGUAAAACAGAAACACUUUAAAGUCUAUUGUCCGUUUUCCUUGGCCCUUUUGUCUUCUUUGCAACAAUGCGACCGCGUGCCUCCAGUCUCAUUCCCCACUUUCAGCGUCUUUCCCCUCUACUCUCGAGGUCCCUCCCUCUUAUUUUCUUUCUGCCAAAUGCAAUGGCCUAGCCCCUAUCCACCUGACUUUAUUAGGAACCAAUUAAUCUUUUUGGUUAAGAGAGAUAGUCUUUGUUGUCACAGCACUACAUAGCUGGCUUUGGAAGGGUGUGGAUAUCUUAAAAGUGUAUUUAUCUGUGAUUUGUUGUCAAUGUUUGUAUAUACCAUGACCAAUGUGCCUCAUGUCCCCAGCCCACCCAGUUGGACCUGAAGAUGACCACAGUGUAAGGGGAUAGUUGGUCAGGCUGGCUGUUUGAGGUGCAGAGGGGACGCCGCAAACCACGCCAGGUUUCUGACGGACAAAACCCCCGAUACCUCCACUCGCCCCCCCUUCCCCCCCCCCCAAUCAUCUUCAUGACUUCCCUUUAGUCUGGGCUACAGCAAUGGUGACGCUUAUUACAGAGCAGCUACACAAGCAGAGUUUGGAGGAUCCUUAUCAGAAGGCAUUCUCCUUCAAUGUCAACGUGCCGUUGCCUGUGGUUGGUUCUAGUCCGACAGUGUCUUUGAGCACGUAUGGAUCCACACCAGAGAGCAGUUUGGCCGCCUACCCGUCAUGCAAGACCCAUCUCCUAACCGCAUCCUCUGCCCUGCGGCUCCCCGUCCCAGUGGGUGAGCCUCUGUAUCAAACUCAAAUCCCCAGCGCCUCCGUCACCAACCUGUCCUUCCCCGGUUCCCCCCCGCCGCCACCGAAGCGCCACUGCCGCUCGCUCUCCGUCCCAGAAGACCUCUCCUGUUGUCGUUCCACAUGGCGCCCCAGCGCCUCCCGGGUCUGGACCCCGGUCAGGCAUCGCUGCCAGAGCGGCAGCAUGGCCAGUCUGGUGUCCGCCGCCAGCAGCUCCCUGCCCCUCUGCGGCCGCAGCUCCUCGGUCACCACCUCCUCCCUGCACUCGUCCUGCAGCCCCAUGUUUGUGAGCCUGGCGUUGAAUCCGGACUCCCCGACACCUUGGAGCUUCCCCUGGGACCCCUGUGACACACUGAGGGGUGCCUGCUCCACCUUCCUCCCUGCACCGUCCUCCUGCUCCUCCUCGCCCGCUCCGCCGGCGUCCUCGCGCUCGCUGCUCCAGCGGCGCUUCUCCCUGUCCCCCGUGCACACACAGGGCGCCUCCCUGCUGCUGCGGCUGCCCUGUGAGGCCUCCGGCCCCGCCGCCCCUUUAACCCACCGCCCCGCCACGGAGCAGCCAGCCCUCUCUCCAGCGCCCAGCUCGGCCUGCAGCACGCCCUCCUCCUCCAGGCGCGUCCCGCGCCCGGCCCUCCCACGAUGCCACUCCCAGCCUUGCGACAUGCGGAGGCCUUAUCUGAAGAGACGCCACGACCCAGACAUCCUGCCCUGCUCCAGGCCGGGCCUCGACUUCAGCAAGAUGACUCAGAUUGGUACUGGGGAGUCCCUUGGCGCGGGGACUAAUGUCAGCAUGUUUGUGAGGCCUGCGCAGGGAGAGCGUCUCCCUGCCUUCUCCCCCGCAGAGCUCCUGGGACGGAGCAGCAUCGGCCCGCUGAGCGAGAGCGAAGAGGACAACAAUAAAAGAACAGGAUCCCUAAUGGAUGGCGGGAACUUCUUUGAGCGAGAUUGCACUGAACUGGACUUGAACCUAAUUGAGGAGAACUGA